CUGCUUCCUGACGCCCGACGAGGGACGCACAUUCCCGGGCACGGAAGUGGACUUUCUACCGAUUCCCCUUCGCAAAACCAGCUUUUUGAUAUCCCUAAGAGGAAACAAGCCUUACAAAUUGUUGCAUGGGGCGUUGUCUCUAACAAAGAUGGCCGCCAGCGUGCACUGUUCCUACUGCCGGGAGGACCUCGGGGGUAGGAGGUUCGUCCGCAACGAGGGCCGUCCGGUGUGUGUGCGCUGCCACACCAAAUUCUGCGCCAACAACUGCGCCGAGUGCCAUCGACCCAUCUCUGUGGAAUCAAAGGAGCUGAACCACAAGGGACGCUACUGGCACGAGGACUGUUUCCGAUGCGGAAAGUGUUACAAGCCGCUGGCGAAGGAGCCUUUUACCACCAAGGAUGAUCGCAUCCUGUGUGGGAAGUGCUGCUCCAGGGAGGAGGCGCCACGCUGCAACAGCUGCUAUAAAGCCAUCCUGGCUGGAACAGAGAGCGUGGAGUACAAAGGCAACUCGUUUCAUGACGAGUGCUUCACCUGUUGCCAGUGUAAACGACCAAUGGCGUCACAGAGCUUUGUCUCCAAAGGGAGCGACGUCUAUUGCAGCCCCUGCUACGACAACAAGUUUGCCAAAGUCUGCGUUUCCUGCAAUAAGCCCAUAGUGUCAGGAGGAGUCAAUUACCAGGAGCAGCCUUGGCACGGACACUGUUUUGUGUGCAGCUCCUGCUCCAAACCGUUGGGUGGGGCCAGCUUCACCACCCACCAGGACCACGUCUUCUGCGUGGACUGCUACAAGAACAUCGUGGCUAAGAAAUGCAGCGCCUGCCAAAUGGCCAUUACAGGUUUCGGCAAAGGAGUGAACGUUGUGACGUACGAGGGAGGCUCCUGGCACGAAUACUGUUUCAACUGUAAGCGAUGUUCCCUCAGUCUGACCAACAAGCCCUUUGUGACCAAGGGGCGGGACAUCCUGUGUCCAGACUGCGACAGCAACUAGAAGAGGACAAGAAAAGACAGCUUGCUAGCUGUUAAGUUUGGACCUUUUGUGGUUAAAUGUCUUCAUUUCAAAGUUGUGAGGCGGCCAUUUUUGUUGCCAACACUCUGGGGAAAUCCCAAUUGAAAAUAUAAGAAAAUAAUUAUUUUUAGCAUAUGGCUCAUAUUUAACACAAAGUAUUGGCAUUGUCGCAUACUGUAAGUUGUUACAGUAGUAAUGCUAUAAAAAAAACAUAAAACGCGCAGAGGUCUGGAGUACUACUUUAUGUGCACAAAAAGUAAAAACAUUUUCAUGUUUCAUACUUUCCAUGCGUUUUUCUUCGUUAGUCCAGUAUGGACAGAUUACAGUGGAACCUCGAUUUACAAGCUUAAUUGGUUCUUGAACUGGGCGCAUAAGUCGAAAAGUUUGUAUAGUGAAGCAAAUUUCUCCAUAAAAAACAAUAGAUAUGAAUAAUGGGUUCCAGCUAGAGAUGUCUAAUAAUAUCAGACUGCCGAUAUUAUCGGCCGAUAAAUAUGAAUAAUGGGUUCCAGCUAGAGAUGUCUAAUAAUAUCAGACUGCCGAUAUUAUCGGCCGAUAAAUGCUUUAAAAUGUGAUAUCGGUAUCUGUUUCAAAAAGUAAAAUUUAUGACUUUUUAAAACGCCGCCGUGUACACGGACGUAGGGAGAAGUACAGAGCGCCAAUAAACCUUAAAGGCACUGCCUUUACGUGCCGGCCCAAUCACAUAAUAUCUGCUUGGUCAACAGCCAUACAGGUCACACUGAGGGUGACCGUAUAAACAACGUUAGCACUGUCACAAAUAUGCGCCACACUGUGAACCCACACCAAACAAGAAUGACAAACACAUUUCGGGAGAACAUCCGCACCGUAACACAACAUAAACACAACACAACAAAUACCCAGAACCCCUUGCAGCACUAACUCUUCCGGGACGCUACAAUAUACACUCCCCGCUACUCUCCCCCCUCCCCACCUCAACUCCACCCCCCUCCCGACCCCGCCCACCUCAACCUCCUCAUGCUCUCUCAGGGAGAGCAUGUCCCAAAUUCCAAGCUGCUGUUUUGAGGCAUGUUAAAAAAAAUAAUACACUUUGUGACUUCAAUAAUAAAUAUGGCAGUGCCAUGUUGGCAUUUUUUUCCAUAACUUGAGUUGAUUUAUUUUGGAAAACCUUGUUACAUUGUUUAAUGCAUCCAGCGGGGCAUCACAACAAAAUUAGGCAUGAUAAUGUGUUAAUUCCACGACUGUAUAUAUCGGCAUCGGUUGAUAUCGGAAUCGGUAAUUAAGAGUUGGACAAUAUCGGAUAUCGGCAAAAAAGCCAUUAUCGGACAUCUCGAGUUCCAGCCUCAACAAAAGUUAAGUUUUGCACACAUUCAACACAAUAUAAAGUGCUAUACAGUAUUGUAUAUCAAACAAACAAAGUGUGUCUUUAUCAACAAUGUAAAACAACAACAUCAAGCUGAACUGUCCUGUGUGCUCUGCUCUGCCAACACGCGCGCACACAUACAGAAGUCCCUGUGGCGCCGUCACACACGAUCAGAAAUCACAAAAAUCCUUAACUUUAACAACCAUAUCGCUACAAUAAUUAACAUUUAAAAAAAGUAAAUACCACUUACACUAUAUUAUCGGCAAAGGUCCUCUCGUGCGCUGCUCCUCACGAGAGAGGAACAAGCAGACAGAGGGAGAAACAAGAGGGGGCGAGAGGGAGGAGCCAUGUGUGUACCAUUGGAAGAGGCGCCGCUGAACGAGAGGUAGUCUUAUUCUCUGCUGUGAAAUAAGUCCGCUUUGGCAUAUUUUUCCAGAAAAGUCAGUUCUCAUCACAAUUAAUAACUUGCUGUGGUACGAAGCCGGCUUCCUCAAAUCUCCUUAUUACGAGCAAGCACAGCGGGACACAAUAUGAAUAAAUGAAGCACUCGUACACGGAGGCAUAUUUGGCGGAACUAAAGGUUUGUAAAUCGAGGUUUCACUGUAUUUGUAUAAUUACCUACUAAAAUCAAUACACCACCUUGUUUUUUAUACUUGAAAUGUGAUUAUAUACAUGAUUAUACUGUAUAUUAAGCCCACACUUGCUUAUCUUCAUUAUGCUGAGUUGUUGUCAUUCCAAAAUGCAUGCUAAAGUGUUAGCAUUAGCAUUUGAUUGUUAUGAAAGUACAGCUUUUUAAAAAUGCUUUUCAGUUAAGUGUCAUUCUGUAUCAAAUAAACAUGUUUAAACAAUUCUUA